AAAUCAUUCACGCGAUUUCAUUCGGCCAAGUCACCUUGAGCCCUGAGAGAUACCCGCUCUUUUCUACUGCGAGGGGAUAACUGCCAAAGGAAUGUGUCACAUAACGCGGUACGAAAGGAACAUAAGGCUGUCACUGUUGGCUCCAUGCUACAGAAUGUGCCGAUCGGGUUAAGUCUGCAUUUUGCACGGGCGAAACCGUUAAUUCAUUCAGCUGGCUGGCAAAAGUUCUUUCUUUCCAAGAAUCUCGGUAUAUAUCAUCGUCCUGCCUCUCACUGUUGUGUCAAAAGGUUUGUCCUUUUCUUCCCCGGCCAGCGCCUCCAAUGUCAUAGAACAUUCGCCAGUCUGUCUUUCGUUCUGUUUUUUAGUACCUUUCUUCUUUUGGGCCAUCGUCUUUUCUUUCAUUCUGACCGUGUCCUUCGUUUCAUAGAACAUCUUGCAGAAAGCGUCCACUCCCUUUUGUCUUUUGCGAAUACCGAUUUUUAGUCCUUUGCUUGCUUCGACCCUGCGGUAAAUAGUGGUCGAUCAGCGUACCUUGUAUCUCACUUCGAUUCGACCUAAUUGACUACGAAUUUUCUUCAUUCCGACAUCCCCACUUUGCAAUUAUGGAGUGUUUCCGGCAGAUUGGUCGACUGGUCAAGGCCCCAUUCCAGCGUGAUUCGCACCACAGGGCAUUGGAAAUCGGACACCCAACCAACUUCCGCAAGGAGGAAAUGCCGACUUUCUUCCCAGAUGACGAGUCAGUACAUGUUAGCACCAAACCUCGAGAGACUGUUUCUGACAAUGCCGUUCACAGUGCUCAAACGUUACAUAGCCACA